AUUACAGACUGUCGUGGUGUUUAUACCCUUUAUAAUGUUCAUUAGAUCAAUAAGUGUUGCUGGAAAGAGAUGUUCGUAGUUAACUGUGAUUUUACCUUUCAGCGAGGAGAAAUACAGGGUGGGUGAGAGAGAGAGAGGGAGAGGGUGGGGGUGGGGUGGGGGUGAUGUGAGAGUUGUAACGGCUCCGCUCGCGCUUCAAUGUUGCGGACAGCGUGGAUUCAGAGCGCGCGAGCGUAUGGGAGGAGAGCGUGCACGAAUGAGCUAUUGGGGUUCCCAAAUAACGGGAACAGGCAGACAGACCAAAACACGCAGGCGGAUGGACGGAAAUAUAGGCAAGUGAUCUUAAAAACCAGCGACGUAACGAGCUCUUUUCCCCCUGAUGUUUUCGUGCUUUAUUUAUUUGUUUGCCUUAUUUAGUCACGUAUCGAUUGAUUGCGUUUUAAUUACUGGCGUGUGACAAGGUGCGUGGGAGGAGGGGCGAAUCCGGCGGACACGUUGAGUUGCCUUAUUUUUCUAUGGAUUUUUAAUUUCAAUGAGCAAAAAUAAGCUUAAGGUUUUAACCACGUUUAGUGACUUUGUGCAAAUGAAUGUGUAGCCUGUAGCUGCUAGAACAAGGAAGAGAGCUAUAGAAGAGCUAGACCAAAUAAAUUCACCAAAAAUGCACCACAUAUUCAAGUAAUAACAAUAUCCGCUGUCUUUUAUACGUUAUACAGUCAGGGUGUGAAAUCUUUUUUUUUCUUUUUCUUUAUUAGAACAAAUGCAGAACCGUCAGUUUAUUUCAUAAGCAGAUAACCAAAGUUAAAGCGACUGCGACCAGGCCAGCUGAACACACAGUGGUCAGUGUCGACGAGGACAGAAACACUUCAGUUUACAACGGGAGAUAUGCAUUUAUAGAUGUUCGCAAACAUAGUAAAUAUAUGCCUUUGAGUGACAGAAACAUAUAUGUUCGGCAAGCAGAUCGAACAGUUAUACCAAAUACUGUAGCUGAAUACCAAAACGAUUAGACAAACGUGAAAGUAAUAGUAAAAUAACCCACGUUUGUCUUGUUUUAAUCCGUCUAUCCGCCUGUGUGCGCGCGCUGGGAAAAUACAGUCAGGCUGCGCGCGUCUGCGUAUCUAUGCAUGUAGAUCAAAAGUAAACUACAAGCGAAAAAGGAAAGGGUUUUUAUUUUAAACAAAUAAAAUGUAACUGGAAAACCUACGCAUAAACGCAAUUUCAUGAAUAAAAAGGUAUUGUGACAAAAACGCCUGGAACCAAAGUGAGAUAACGCAUCUUGCCACAACUGCUAAAAUUGCAAAGAAAAAUCAACAGCAAAAAGAACAUCUGAUAAGAACCAGACAAGAAGACGGAUCAUGUUUGUUCCUUUGCCGGUGCCGUUUGUCUUGCCGAGAACUGCCUCUGAUCUCCACGCCUGGCGCCUCAAGUCCCCGCUGGCUCUGCGCUCUCACUCCGAUAUCAGAAUGUCAAAGCCAAUAGAGGUUGAGAAUCCAGCGGCAGACUCUCCAAUGGAGAGCACAGACUCAGAAAGAAAUGGCUCAGAUUCAAAUAAUCAGGUUCAGCCGAUGAAAAUCAACCCUUUCUCUCUUUCUCCCACACUGAGCAGCAGCAUCAAGACAAAGGUGGAGGAUUGUGGUGAGAUGUCUCCCGCUGCUGUACAAACUCCACCUGCUCAGACGGCCCUUCCCCACACACAGCUGAUGCUAACGGGUGGUCAGCUCGCAGGGUUGACUGCACUUCUGCCAGCACAGCAACAGCUGCUCUUACAGCAGGCGCAGCUCCUCGCUGCAGCUGUGCAGCAGUCGCAUGUGGCCCACGCGGCCAAUCAACAGCAAGCCCAGCAGCAGGCAGUUCAGCCGCAGUCGCAGGGCCAAUCGCAGAGCACACAGGAACAAACCGCCGCCCUUGUCCCACCGCCUCCUCCUCACCAGCUUCCUCUUUCUCAGCCAAUCCAGCUCACUGCGCAGGACAUUCAGCAGUUGUUACAGCUGCAGCAGUUAGUCCUCGUUCCAGGACACACUCUGCCUUCACCCGCACAGUUUCUUUUACCACAAACACAGCAAGGGCAGCAAGGGCUGCUAUCAACGUCAAAUCUAAUUCCACUACCUCAGCAAAACCAAGGAAGCCUGCUGGCCGCUCCACACAGACUUAGUCUUCAAGCACAGAGGGAGAAGGUUGCAGAGAGCAGCCUGAACACAGUGACUUCGGUGACCGCUCAUCCCGAGGAGCCCAGUGAUCUGGAGGAACUGGAGCAAUUUGCCCGCACAUUCAAACAGAGAAGGAUCAAACUGGGCUUCACACAGGGUGAUGUGGGAUUGGCCAUGGGGAAGCUCUAUGGGAACGAUUUCAGUCAGACCACCAUCUCUCGAUUUGAGGCGCUCAAUCUCAGCUUCAAGAACAUGUGCAAACUCAAACCUCUACUGGAGAAGUGGCUGAAUGACGCAGAAACGAUGUCGAUGGACAGCACCCUGCCAAGUCCCAGUUCUCUUUCUUCUCCCUCGCUGGGGUUUGAGGGCCUGCCUGGCCGCCGUAGGAAGAAACGCACCAGCAUUGAGACCAACAUCCGCAUCGCUCUGGAACGCAGCUUCAUCACGAACCAGAAGCCUACCUCAGAGGAGAUCCUGCUCAUCUCUGAAAAGCUCAACAUGGAGAAGGAGGUGAUCCGCGUCUGGUUCUGCAACCGCCGGCAGAAAGAGAAACGUAUUAACCCCUCCAGUGCCACCCCUCCCUUGCCCAGCCAACCCCAGCCCACCUCGCACAAACCCCCCUGCUACAGCCCGCACAUGAUGCCCAGUCAGGGACUAUCGCAGACAGUGAGCAGUCUCGGUACAGCAGUGACCACUAUGUCAUCAGUUUGCCCUUUGACCCCAAGCGGACCCUCCUUAAGCUCUGCACCAUCUCCUGUAUCCCCGCCUCCCCGCAGUGAUGCCAGCCCCGCCCCUCCGACUCACAGUACACUAAGUCUGAACACAGGCUCAUGGUAUAAAAAGAAUGGUGACGUUUCUAACUACAUCAAUGACUUUGCUGCACAUUUGAGGAAUACGAUGAGGGGAGUUAACACAGGAAUGAACCAAGCUCUUCUUGGCAGCAACCCACUUGCUACUAUCCAAGCUCUAGCAGCCAGUGGUGGCCAGCUGCCCAUUUCCAGUCUUGAGGGCAGCAGCAAGGUGUUAAUUGGUGGUUCUGGAGGCCAAGGAGCAGGUCUCCCCUCUUCCCUCUUUCUCAACCACUCCUCUUUGUUGCCCAUGGCAACAGGCACCGGCAUGGGAUUGGGCAGUUCAGCUCUUGCCAAAACCUCAUUUCCUGUCACAGGCUGCAUGAGUCCCUCCCCUUGCUCGAGCCCCGUCUCUUCCUGCUCUUCCGGCGAAUUGCUACACAGCCCACACUCGAUAGGAGGGGCUAAAAUCGAGUGACGUUGCCCAAGGCCAAUCACAGGAGGAAGAGGAGGAGGAGGAGAUGAUGAAACCUUACCUGUCAACCAAAGCAUCUCAUGAUCCCCUCACUCCCUUUCGUUUCCUCUCGUUCACACUCUCUCUCUUCCGCUCUCCCGCUCUACUGAUGCCAAAAAUAUACAGAGUAGAAGAGGGGAGAGAUGGAGAGACGGAGUGGAAGGAGGAAGGAAGAGGAGAGGAGGGAAAACGAAACCAAAAAAACACCAUGCGGCUUAGCUGGACGCAGCCAAAUACAUAAAUAAAAGGAGAACAAUAAACUAUGUAGUGCAGUAAGAAGAGGACAAAAAGAGAUCCUUGAGCACCAAAAACAACAAAGAGAACAAACUUUACAGUGUGUUAAAAGAACUCUUUGAAGCAAACGUGUGGAGUACUGAAUACCAAAAAGUAUAAUGGAACUUUGAGAGACUCACUAUGACAAAAAAAUACAAGCAUACCAAAAUCUCAAAUACCAAAAACAAACACCAAAAAUACGGAUGGAAAAGCUUUAUCCAAAGGACCUGUAAAUAGCCAACCGUCCAGGACCAGACCCAGUGACAACAAUCCAGCCAUCUCUGAGCUCAUCAUCAUAUCUGCCACGCAAUCACAUCAUUUCUUUCAUGUUUUUUAUGAUUUAAUUUUAAAUAUGAAUGAGCCGGACUCCCAAUGCUGUUGUGUUUCUCUGGUUCUUCCUCAUUCUUGUCUAUUUUUUUUUUUCACAGAAGUAGCAGAGUUUUCCAUCUGUCUUUAUUGAAUGUUUCAGUACAUAUGAUCAUCAUCAUCAUCAUCAUUCCAUGUCUUAUCGAGCAUAUAGAGAGGAUUGGGUGGUUGGUCUUUGAUGUUCAUCAUAUUAGCACUGCAUAGCUUGAUGCACUUGUUUGUCCGAUGACAUGAAUGUCGUAUAGUGUAAUAAAAGUGAGACCAAGCUCCUCUCUAGCUUUCACGCCUCUAGUUAAGUGUAAAUACUCUCAUUUCUCUCUUAAUUAAGUGCUUGCAUCCUUCCUCAUUCCAUUUCAUGCCUCUCUCACUCACUUUCUCCCUUUUGAAUACCAAAGCGAUCCAUUCACACAUGAUCAGUUCAUCAUUCACACGAUGCAGAAAGAGAUCGGGGGCCCAAACCUUGACGAGGCUGCUCUGGUAAGACAGCAUGGCAACUUGGGAAACUGUCAUGGCGAAGGGGCUCCCAUCCUCUCUGCUUCUUCUACAAGCCAAAAAAUGAAGCAAAACUUCACAGCCAGCCAAACUUCCCAUAAAGGAAAACCAAAAACGAACCAAGCCAAAAAACGGAUGGAGGAGCAAAGUGAGUCGCUGUACAGAAAAAGAGUAUCCCUUCAUGCAUCUCUGGACCAAGGUCACCCAGAACCAUGUAGCAAGGGAUCCGCCUCUGCCUCCUGUCAUUCAAACUCUUCCUGGUCCUGGGUGGUGGGAUCUUUGAUGACCUCACUGGACUCAUCUGAAGAAGAUGUUUCGGGUUCAUUUGGGGGUUGGGAGGGUUGUUACGUUUGGUCUUUUCGUUUGGUCUGUUUUGUGGGACUUUUCUUGGCUGUGUGUGUAGAUUUGUGUGCUUUCGUUUGGGGAAAAGAUAUUCACGUAUUUGCGGAAAUCUCAUUUUUUACGUUCCUUACUCGUUCCUAUCUAGUUGUGUUAGAGACUCUAAUCAGGUGGUUGAAACAAUACUGUGAAAAUUCAGUUCAACAGAUAAGAAACCAGGAUAAACACGCUCAAGUACAUCCAAAGAACCAAAGCUGAGUAUAAACAAGCUUUAAAGAGAACCAAAUAUCACAUACACAACAAUUUAUAUGCUCUCAUCCACCUUACCGUUGUAUUUAUAUCGUGCUGAAAUCUGUAGUCGGUGAGCGCUGCAGGUUCAACGAGGGAUGGAUUCAUGAAGUCAGUUCUCUACGUUACCGUAUAGUCCAAAUGGGUCAGUUAGUGCUUCUAUAGAUUUUGUAGUAAAUGAUCUAUGUUAUAAUGCUUACUAAUUGCUAAUGUAUGGAAGAAAAACAUUGUGAAAAGAUAAAAAAAUGUUGAUAUUUACUUAGACCAAAAAUUCACACUAUCUCUCUUUUGGGCUUUUGGGUUUUCUUCCUCCCCCAUUUAAAAUUUUUUUUUAUUAUUUAUUUUUUAUUCUCCUCUUGCUCAUUUGUGAAUUUUCUUAACAAACCUUUUUUUAAUUAUUAUUAAUAUUAUUAUUUAUUUAAUAUAUUCCAGAUGCUGUUUUGUAGUGGGUGUGUUUGAGGCACCAGAUUGUAUUCAAAUGUAAACUUCCUUUGCCAAGGCGACCUUUCGAACCAAAUCCAUCGAGAAAUGCAACCGUCGGUCCUGACGGGCCGGCCGCUAAUUGACAGCGUAAGGGCGGAUACUUGUCUUCUCGACCUCUUAGCUGUUCCUUACUGGACAGAGCCUGUGGGGGGGGAAACCUAUCAGGGGAAAAAGCAGCACUGUGUUUCUUCUGCUCAAAUGUUUCGGUAGCAUUCAUUCAACGCUGAAGUAACCUUCCAGAGUAAAAGCACACACUGCCAUGGCUUAGAAGGGAUAAGGUCCUAUAGGAGCGUGCAUUGUAUCUGUACAUACCUGUCUCGCCACUGCUGAUGUUAGGGAUGGUGUUGCUAUGGUUACUGUCGCAAAGGCUACCAAUUGUGACGGCGUCGAGCGCAGUGCGAGCGCAGUGCUGCCGUGAGCCUUGACCUGAAAGCUUUAAACAGCUACAAAACCAAAAACUUUAGGAGAGAGGAAAGAUGGAGGGAUUUGGUGUUCCUGGAUAGAAAAUACAGCGGAAUGUAUGAUAGUGGAAAUGUAUCAGUGCUCCAUCUUCCUCUCUUUUUGCUCUCUGCCUCACUCCUCCUCCUCCUCUUUGUCCUAUUUCUAUUCCUGAUUUGCUAUGUAUUUAUUUUGUAGCGUGUCUGUUGUUCUGUCUCCUGGUUAGGAGGUGUAGAAGAGAGAUAGUUCCUCAUAUACCUCACUCUCUUAACGACAAACCAAAUAGAUGAAUGCUUUAAAACAGAGAAGUAGGGGCCAAGGAGAGGUGUUUUCAUAGGCCAGGGAACAUUAUGAAGACUCAAAGAACUUCACUGAUGCGCUGGCACGUUCACUCCCUCGGCCCCUGGGACCACUUUUCCAGUCACCAAACACAGGGCAGGACACAUACACACACCUUUUCAUAUAUGUACACACUUGUGCAUGUGUAUAUAUAUAUAAGUCAGAAAGGUGACUGAAGAGCGGGCGGCGACUGUUGUUGCUAGGUGACAAAUUUUAUGUCUUAAAACGCAGGAGAUGUUAGAGAGGAAUAUAAGGGGAACCCUUUCAAUCUUGCGUUAUCUUUUCUCUAGCUUUCCUUCUUACCGUUACAGUCAGGCGCAGUUCCGGACGUCUUAAAAACUUCGCGAUGUUGAUAUGCAAGUAAUAGCUGCAGCGUAAGGGAGCGUGUUCAAAGUGUGAGUCUCAGUGGCGUGAAUCUCCAGAGAAUGAUACCAAAGCAACACGUCGUUCUGAGACCGAGCACAACACACACGCUCCCUAAAAUCCUGCACACAAUCGCAGCGUUUUUCAAUUGAUUAAUUAGUAACAAUCGGAUAUGGGUGAAAAUUCCCGAGAAAAAAAAAAUAAAAUAAAUCAUAGCAUUUGAAAAGGCCUAAGAGAACUGCAAAUAUGAGUCUUUUUGUUCUCAUUUUACUCUCUACUUGUUGUUUUACCUGCUCUCUCUCUAUAUAGUAUACAUUAAAGAAGAAGAAUAAAUAAAAAAAAUACCAGCUUCAGUCCAAAGGUGUUUAAAAAGAUUUUUAAAAAUAGCAAAGAUCUUAAACACGUCUAGUUAAACCAAAGAGCUACACUAACACAUCCUCAGCUGUUUUCUUUUGUCUCUUUUCCUGGUCACCUAGCAACCCAGUUUCUGAAGGUAUACUAUAACCUCAACUAUCCAAAGUAUCAUACGAUGAAGAUAAUGAUGAAAUGUAUAUUUUUAAUUAUUCAUUAUUUGGGGAAAAAUCUUCAUGGUGAUGAUGAUGAUGAUGAUGAUCUUAAAGAAAAGACUUGUUAUGUCUGUGAUAAAUUUUUGUUUCCGUUUUUGGGGGUUAGUGGUGUUAAUCUGUCCCCUGCAUCUUCUCCCUGAUUUCAUGUUCGCUGCUCACUCAGUGCGUAAAUGAGAGCGCGUGGGUGCGUCAAUGUCUGUGCGUACAUAUGUUCAUGUGAGCGUGAACGUAUUUUACACUCUAAAGUCGGACAGAUAUGCGGUUAUUUUGGCAUAUGUGCGUGAAUGUGUGCGUCUGUUUUGCUUGUUGAUGUACGCUGUCAUGUUUCUACCCUUUCCAUCGUUCCUUUUUUCUCACUUGAGUUGAGCAGUUCCUUUUUCUUCUCUUCUGUCCUCUGUGUCUCUCUUUUUCUCCCUAUGGUGACAGGUUAGCCUUUUGGUGUAAUUAUCUCUGAAACCAAAAAAUAGUUGACAAAUAACUCGCUUGUUCAUUGUACAGUGUUGUUCAUUUAAAGUCAUUUUUGUAACUGAAAGUGUUUCACUCAUCUGAAUAAAAACGG